UUUUCUUCUAAAUCUUGCCGAAAUAUUAUUUUGAAAUAAUAUUCGAGCACAGUUUCUCAUUUUUGCACUGCUCGUAGCUGUGGUCACUAUGUCCAGGUAUGAGCUUUUUCAGAGUCAAACUGCUCUGUUGAUCUUAUUAAUGCCGGACACGCCAAAGACAUGCAGCUCUGUUGAAACUCAUCUCAACAUGAAACAAAACGACACUCAGACUCAGGAUGCACAGGAGAGUCAUGCAAACAGAUUUCCUUUAGUGGAGGACAGAGCAGAAGAAGACAUUCAGACUGUAGUCAUCGGUGAUGCUGAUGACAAAGCUGAUGAAGAUCAGGAAGGCGUGUUGCAAUCGUCAACCGAGCGACCUGAAAAGCCACAAGAAGAUGAGUCUUUUGAAUGUGAGCAGUGUGGAAAGGCCUUUCCAAAGAUGUUUUCUCUUCUUCGACACAAACGUGUGCAUUCGGUCAUAAAGCAGCACUGUUGUGAAAAGUGUGGGGAAAAGUUCUCACAAGUAAGAGCGCUAGAGACUCAUCUCCACAAACAUACGCAGAAGUUUGAGAAGAAGAAACUUCCCUGCGCUACUUGCGGAAAGAGCUUCAAAGACCUCGCAGCGCACGAACGGGUCCAUGCAGAAGUCAGGCCAUUUACCUGUGAUAUAUGCGGACAGGGUUUCACAGUCAAAGGCAGCUUAUAUAUGCACCAAAGGGUGCACACGGGCGAAAAACCAUACACAUGUGACACCUGUGGGAAAAGUUUCUCUCUAAUAGGCACCCUAAACUGCCACAAGAAGUUUCAUUCAGAUGACAACCCAAUAAAAUGCAGCCACUGCAAUAAGAGCUUCAAGUGCAAGAGUCAUUUGAGACGCCAUCUUCCUGUGCACACCGGUGAGAGACGAUAUACGUGUAAAAUCUGUGGUAAAACAUUUGCGCAUCAUGAAGCAAUGACACGCCACAUUCUCAUUCACACCGGCGAAAAGCCGUACAUCUGUGAAGUGUGCGGUAAAAGAUUUCGUCAGAGAAGCAAUUUAAAAGUCCAUAUGCGGGUGCACCAAGAGCCACAAUUUAAGUGUGAAAUGUGUGGGAAAACAUUCCAGCAUGGUUUUUUGCUACAGAACCAUAUUUUAUCACACAGUCAUACUGGAAAUUCAAAAGAAGACCAAUUUUUGAACUCCAAAACUCAACUGCAGCUGCAUUCAGACAGCAGCAAACCUUUUACAUGCAAAUUAUGCGAGAAGAGCUACAGCACCAUAUAUAAUCUUCGCAUACACGAGAAGCUUCACACAGGUGAGACCCCGUUCAAGUGUGAGAUCUGCGGUAAGGCCUUCGCUUUCAGAAAGUCCUUUAAAACACAUAUGUUGUGCCAUUCAGGAGAUAGACCUUAUAAAUGCAUAGCAUGCGGGAAAGCGUUCAAGUGGUCUGGCUCUCUGAAAAUGCAUAUGAAGACUCAUACUGAUGAAAAAACUCACAAAUGUGAGACGUGUGGAAAGGGUUUUCGCUUGUAUGGAAAUUUAAAGCGACACAAGCGUGUCCAUGCUGGGGAGAAGCCGUUCAGCUGUAAGGUGUGUGAGGAAGGGUUGCCAGAACUCGACCAUCUCAAAACACGUAUGCAAAUCCAUACUGGAGUGAAACCCUACAUGUGCCAGAAGUGUGGGAAGAAAUAUGUAUAUCUUAGACAUUACAAUGAUCACAAAUGCAAACCUGUAUGAAUUAGAUGUCGUCGUAGUAACUUGUAACAACUGCAGGAUUUUUCAUAUUGUAAUAUUUCCUAGACAAAUGUUUGGGUAACAUUGUGAAGGCAUUUAAAUAAAA